AUGUCUGCACCUCGGGCUUGGGAGACCCCGGUCACCUUUCGCCCCCGAAAUGUCCACAUAUUCGCUGGCAAUGGCGAUUACUUGGGAGGUCUGUUUCUCAAUAAUCCUCCUCGGAUCACAAAUGCCCGGUUUCAGACGUACUGCGCUCGCUUUAUUGUAUUCGCCCAGGGCUCGCAAUGGCGACUUUACGUAUUGGGAGGCGAUAAUCAAGCCCAGUCCAUGGUACUUAGGAAUUCUAGUGCCAUGCGACGAGGCCGUUAUGUGAUCCUGGGUCCCGAGAGGCAACAGAUACCUGUUACCCUGCGGACAGACCCAGCGCAACGUCGAGUCCCUACCAACCAACCCCCAACAUCUCGUUUACGCGGCAAUCAGAGGCAUUUUCGGCGAGCAGUCCUUGCGCGUGACGGUAGAUGCGCUAUUACAGGUGCUGAAGGUCCUCCGGAAAGACCAAAUCGCGGAUUGGUUGCCGCGCACAUAUACCCAGUUGCUAGGCAGAACGAAUGGGCCAGAAACAAUCUGCAACAAGCGUGGCUCACGGACACCAGCCCGGCACAGAGCAUUUCUCCGAACGGCCUCUUUUCCGCCCAGAACGGUCUUCUAUUGUCAUCGGGCUAUUUACAUGAGUCCUUCGAUUCAUUCGAUGUCGGGAUUGACCCUGACGACAAUUAUCGUGUAGUGGUCUUCAAUACGGACAGAAUGAACCUUGGCGGACGAUCCUUGAAUGCCAGAACUAGACAGGGAAAUGUCAAUCAUCGCGUCAGCGACCAUUGCCUCCGCUGGCACUUCCAGCAGUGUAUCCUUACACACAUGCGCGGGGCCGGGGAACCCAUAUGGGAUCUUUUCGAUGAUGACUAUGAGGACACGAAUGCUAUUAUGGAGCAUGAGGACGCAGCCGAGUUGAUGGAAGCUCAGCUCGCCACCCGUUUGGGUGCAUUUAUUGAAGUCAGCUGA